AUGCAUGUGUAGGCUUAUUCAAUAGAUGUCAUGAUUAUUAUUUUGCCAAUAUAGCAUCAACCACCAAGCGGGGUCCAGAAUAGACUAUCAGAGGAACUUCAGGACUGUGAUUUUGAAAGAGAUUUCAUCCGAAUAGUCCUGCAGUCCAGCAGGCUAGUGUUCCCCGCGUGAUGGGCGCUGUGGUACCCGGCUGCGUUGCAUCAGCAGCAUCCCUCAGCUGGUACUCUCAAGGUCGCUGGCGCUAUGCAUCAUGGGAGGGUUAUCGGGUCCGCUCGUCGCACACCGGGAAGUGAACGGCCGCCCGAGCCUCACACUUUAUUCGUGAAUUAACUGGAUCACGAGAACAGGGUGCAUAGGCUUGGGCUGUGACGGAGCAGCUGUCACGAGAUGUGAUGUAAAAGCGGGUCACGGACAGACGCACGAAAAAAGAGAAAGCAGCGCAGCAUCUCUGUUUGUAAUGGUAGGCGGGGGCGAGCCGGGAAACGUGCAGAUAGUCUUGCCACCACUGUGUGUGACGAAUACCAACGAGAUUGCAGACAGCAUUGGUGCCAGUGGGUCAGUGGAAAGCGCGGUCACGACCAAAUUUACGCUUUACGGGUGGUGCUGAUCACAGUAAUUCUCUUCCAUCGUGUAUUUCAUCCAGUGCUGUCUCUACUGGGAGCCCACGCAUCUUAGAAACAGCUUUUGCUCUCACUCAAGAUGGAGGGAGAACCGAAACCCAAACAGGUGACGUGCUAUCUCCUGUUCUCCCUGAUCACAGCCGUAAUCGGAUCCCUACAGUUUGGCUACAACACGGGUGUCAUCAAUGCUCCAGAACAGAAACUGCGAGCCUUCUUCAACAGCACCUGGGUGGAGCGCUAUGGGAAGCCCAUCGAGCCAGGCACCUGCACCAUCGUGUGGAGUCUGGCGGUGGCCAUCUUCAGCGUGGGUGGCAUGGCCGGGUCCUUCAGUGUGGGAGUCAUAUCCAACAAAUUCGGCAGGCGGAAGGCCAUGUUCCUUGUGAACAUCCUGGCCCUGAUUGGCGGUGCUCUGAUGGGGCUCUCUACCCUCUGCUCCUCCUUUGAGAUGGUCAUCGCUGGCCGCCUGGUCAUCGGCCUCUUCUGCGGCAUCUUCACGGGCCUCACCCCCAUGUACGUGGGCGAGGUGUCCCCGACACCUCUCCGCGGGGCGUUCGGGACGCUCCACCAGCUGGGGGUGGUGGUGGGAAUCCUCAUUGCCCAGAUCUUUGGUCUGGAGUCUCUGCUGGGCUCUGAGCUGCUGUGGCCGGUGCUGCUGUCUCUGACGGUGUUGCCCGCGGUGCUGCAGUGCAUCCUGCUGCCCUUCUGUCCCGAGAGCCCCCGAUACCUCCUCAUCAACCUCAAUCAGGAGGAAAAGGCACGCAAAGCUCUGGUGCGUCUACGUGGCACGGAGGACGUCAGCAAGGACAUGCAGGAGAUGAAGGAGGAGAGCGUGAAGAUGGCCAUGGAGAAGAAGGUGACCAUCGCCGAGCUCUUCCGCACGGCCGCCUACCGCCAACCACUCCUCAUCGCCAUCAUGCUCCAACUCUCCCAGCAGCUCUCAGGCAUCAAUGCGGUGUUCUACUAUUCCACCGGCAUCUUUGAGUCUGCUGGGGUGAAGGAGCCCAUUAUAGCCACUAUCGGAGCUGGUGCUGUCAACACCGUCUUUACCGUGGUGUCUCUCUUUUUGGUAGAGAGGGCGGGACGCAGGACUCUCCACCUCGUCGGAUUGGCCGGCAUGGCUAUCAGUUCCCUUCUGAUGGCCAUAGCCCUCUUUUUGAAACACAUCGAAUCCCUGAGCUAUCUGAGCAUCGUGGCCGUGUUUGCGUUUGUGGCGUUUUUCGAGCUGGGGCCUGGUCCAAUCCCGUGGUUCAUCGUGGCCGAGCUCUUCUCCCAGGGACCCCGCCCAGCUGCCAUGGCCGUGGCCGGCUUCUCCAAUUGGACCGCCAACUUCCUGGUGGGAGUCAGCUUUCCCAAACUGGAGGAGUUGUGUGGCCCCUACGUCUUCAUUAUAUUCAUGGCCUUCCUCAUCCUCUUCUUCAUCUUCACGUACUUCCGUGUGCCGGAGACGAAGGGCCGCACAUUUGACGAGAUCGCACAAAGCUUCGGUGGGGCCCUGGCUCCAGUCGACCCGUCUGGCGAGGCCCCACCACCUGGAGAUUCCACGGCGCUGUCUGACUCGCCCGUGAAGGAGAAGGUGCCCCUGAUAGCUGCCAACGCCACUGCCAACGACGUGGGCUCACCGGGGGAGGACAAGACAUCCUCCACCACGCCUCUGUUGGCCGCGUCCAGCUCAGACUCCAAGCCCACUGAGGCCCCGGCAUCAAGUGCGAAACCAGCACCUGCCCCAGCCCCAGCACCUGCCCCUGCCAAGCCCGCAGAGACAACUUCAACCCCCGCCAGCAAGCCUACGGCGAAAUCACCGGUGGAGACAGUGACGCAUGUCGCCACAGCUCCAGCUGCCAAGCCGGCCGCAGAGGCCAAGGGUCCAGCAGAGGUCCAGAAGCCGACUCCACAACCAACAGCCGAGAGUAAAAGUCCUGCCCCUAAACCAGCAGAGACCAAGAGCGCUGCUCCGCAACCAACUGCAGAAAUGAAAAGUCAAAGUCCUACAUCCAAACCAGCAGAGACCAAGAGUGCUGCUCCACAACCAACUGCAGAAAUGAAAAGUCAAAGUCCUGCAUCCAAACCCGCCGAGACAAAAAGUCCUGCUAAACCAGUAGAGGAGCCAAAAGCUGCCACUCCAAAAGCCCCAAAAAAGGAGACCAAAACUCCAGCAGCGCUAUCUGCUCCAGCUGAGACGAAGAGUGCUACUCAUUCUAAACCAGAUGCAGAAGUCAAGAGUCCAGCCGCACCUCCUGUAAAAGAAGCUAAGAGUCCAGCCGCACCUCCUGUAACAGAAGCUAAGAGUCCAGCCGCACCUCCUGUAACAGAAGCUAAGAGUCCAGCCGCACCUCCUGUAAAAGAAGCUAAGAGUCCAGCCGCACCUCCUGUAACAGCUGCACCUCCUGUAACAGAAGCUAAGAGUCCAGCUGCACCUCCUCUAACAGAAGCUAAGAGUCCAGCUGCACCUCCUGUAACAGAAGCUAAGAGUCCAGCCGCACCUCCUGUAAUAGAAGCUAAGAGUCCAGCCGCACCUCCUAUAAAAGAAGCUAAGAGUCCAGCUGCACCUCCUGUAACAGAAGCUAAGAGUCCAGCUGCACCUCCUGUAACAGAAGCUAAGAGUCCAGCUGCACCUCCUGUAACAGAAGCUAAGAAUCCAGCCGCACCUCCUAUAAAAGAAGCUAAGAGUCCAGCUGCACCUCCUGUAACAGAAGCUAAGAGUCCAGCUGCACCUCCUGUAAAAGAAGCUAAGAGUCCAGCUCCUGCACCAGCUCCUGUAACAGAAGCUAAGAGUCCAGCCGCACCUCCUGUAACAGCUGCACCUCCUGUAACAGAAGCUAAGAGUCCAGCUCCUGCACCAGCUCCUGUAACAGAAGCUAAGAGUCCAGCUCCUGCACCAGCUCCUGUAACAGAAGCUAAGAGUCCAGCUCCUGCACCAGCUCCUGACACAAAGAGUCCUCCAGCUCCUCCUGCACCAGCCGAGGCCAAAUCGCCCUCAGCAAAGCCAGCUGAAGAUGGAGCCCCAACGGCAGGGAAGUCCAGCAGUUCAGCAGAAAAAGAGAAGGUUUAGGAGAAGAAACAAACAGGGGUACAGGGGUGUGAGAUGAACUCAAGUAGGAUUGCUGGUCCUGGUGUGUCAUCCUUUAUGUUUUGUAAAAGAGGAGCUUUUUGGACUCACAGUGCGGUCGGCGUGGGUCCAAGCAGCCGGACGUAAGGUGCAAUAUUGUAAUUAUCCUACAUUUUUCAACAACUUCUUUUUAAUAUGUCACUGUAGAUGUGAAUUCUGGGUUUGCUGGAUUUGUCCAUUUUGUAGCCUUAAGUUAUCUAUUUAUUGAAAGGCUUUACAACAUGGAGCAAUGCCAAAGUGUCGAAAUGAACACACAUAGACCUCAAGCAUCCUUUUGUGUAACAUCUUAAUGUAAAAAAAAAAUAUUGGCUGCUGUCAGUGACCUAAAUAUAUGACUAUAUAAAUGUAGUUUUUACCAUUGUGUUGCUUAAAUCAGUUUCAGGUAUGUUUGAUAGCAAAACAUAUCAAAGCCCAGACAUCAGAAGAAAAGGAAAAAUGAUAGACAUGCCUGCUACAGUAUGAUCAAUGAGAUAGAUUAUUAUUUUAUCCUUAUCAGACCAACAAUAGAUAAAUGAAAGCUCCUCCUCUCACAUACUUUUGGCAGUUUACUGUACAUUGAUUGUCUCAAUAAUAUAGCUAGAUAAUAUGGAAAGUGACAAUCACUGUAAAUCCAAGGCAACAGAAAAGCACAAAGUACUUUGCUUCUAGAAACCUAAAUUAGGAGACAUUUGCAAGAUUAGCGUUCUGCUAUAGAGCUACGAUUAAGCUUUUCUAUAGACAAGCUAGUGAUUAACUACCUAGUAGAUGUAAUAACGUAAUUUAAUUCCAGUCUUAGAUCACCUACAGUAGAUCAAUUAGACAUUUACAUUGUAUGGUUUUGACAUCUUGAGAACUUCAAUUCUCUAUUUGAAAAUUAUUGCUAUUGUGUUGUGAAGUACUUCUGAAUGGGGCCAUCAGUGUCUUGCAAAGGCUGAAUCAAUUGACUUGAUGGGAAGUAUUUUUUGGAGUGGUAUUCUCUAUAACACUUGAGUGACAUUUUGCAUCGGUUUGUAUUUGCUUGCUCCGUGGGUGAAUUCUGAAUACCCCUUUGUGACACUUUAUACGUUCUUUGUGGAGUAAUGUGAUUCAGUGGGGAAAAAAACAACAAGUCUGCUUUAUUCGACAGCACAUCUCUAUUUUUUAUCAUAGUCCAAAUAUUGUGUAGAUAUGCCACACAUUUUAUUUAUUUUUGCCCAUAUUGCUUAAAUAGGAUACAUAUAUAUAUAUAUAUAUAUAUAUAUAAUAAAUAUAAAUAUAUUUAUUUAAAGUAAAAGUAUUUAUUCACAGGCACCUUUCCAGUCCACCUUAAAAUGUGAAAAGGACCACAGUUGUGAUUCUGUGUAAAUGUAUUGUGAUAAUGUGUGUAAUGUGUUGCACUGACAGAAAAUAGCAAAAUAAUCACAUUCCCGUUGGAAUCGUGUAGUCGCCUGAUGUAUUUCACCUUUCCUACAACAAAAGCAGCUUCUUCUGUCUCCAUGGCAAUCCCAAGCUAAAGUAACACAAUGUAGGAAUUACGCUUUUCACCCAUUUUCAAUGCACUAGGUUCCCAUUUAGCGCUAAGGGUUUUCUCAAUUAAUCUAAUGGCAACAAUAAAGGCCACAUCCCUACUCAUAACAACACUGUUACAUACCUGUAGUGCAGUACCAGCUGUUUCAGGCAAACACUGACAAUGUCAGAGACUCUAUUUUCCUGAUUGUAAAUCAGUGUAGAAUCAAAAUGAGUUUGAAGCUGUUUUUUAUUUUGUUUUGAAGUAAAAGAACUACAUCGUGUUGCUUUAAACAAUGUUUUACAACGCUUUUAACUGUACAGGAAAUAGCCGCAGCUUGCCUCCCUAGAGUUUACUGACUUUGGAUAAGAUCCAGCACGGAUCGGAGGCAACGUUAGCCCAGCUGUGGAACCUUAUGCAUAUAUAUAAAACCAACACAAACCUACUGUAUAGUCUGGAGAAGAGUCGUCUGUACAGAUUUUUACUCUUUCUAUGUAACAAUGCAAUGACUAAAAUGUGAGCUUCUUUUCACUUUCCUUAUUCAUCAUUUCAGUGGAAUUAUGGAAAAGGAUUAGUGAAUGGAGGCUGGAGAGUUGGGAACAGUGUCAUAAAAUAUUUAUUUGUUUUUUUAUUUAUUUAUUUAUUUAUUUAUUUUUACUUAUUUAUAAUUUUGUUACUGUUGCCUAAAAUAAUUUCUUGGCAAGAGUUGUUUUUAUAAUUUUGUGAAUAAAUGUGAAUGCAUCUGAAAACAGGCCCUCCUACCUUAUUUUUUCAACAGAGUUAACUAAAUUUAUGUCAACAGAGUUAACUAAAUUGAUGAAAAAGAUGAAGGAAUUUUGCAUAGAUACAGUAUAAAAUGUGUCUGAAGUAACCUUUGUCUUUGGUUUUGAAAUGUUGUAUCUGUUGCCUAACUGUUUCUUUUUUUUAAAUGAUUUUACCAUUAAUCAUAUGAGGACCUGCUCUUAAUCACAUACACUGCAUCUUCAGCCCUGGCCCACACAAACAUAUUAAAGUGAUAAUCCAAGACGCUUCAUUUCACUAGGAUUUCAAGAGAUCAUGUUAAUCUAGAAAUGUAUCAUAUACAUUGGUAUUAAAGGUGUUCUAAGA